UAUCGAUAGUUUGGCAUUCCAAAUGUCACCUCAACUUCCGCCAAACCUCCAUUUUUCUUUUCGUUUCGCGUUUUGUUGGAUCAAGAAGUGAACAAGAUGCAGAUCUUUGUGAAAACACUCACAGGGAAGACGAUCACCCUCGAGGUUGAGCCGUCAGAUACCAUCGAGAAUGUAAAAGCUAAAAUUCAGGACAAAGAAGGCAUUCCGCCAGAUCAGCAGCGUCUCAUCUUCGCCGGGAAGCAGCUGGAAGAUGGGCGUACAUUGUCCGACUACAACAUCCAGAAGGAAUCAACACUCCACCUUGUGCUCCGUCUUCGUGGUGGUGCCAAGAAACGCAAGAAGAAGAAUUACUCCACACCCAAGAAGAUUAAGCAUAAGCGCAAGAAGGUCAAGCUUGCUGUACUCAAGUACUACAAGGUCGAUGAGAAUGGCAAGAUUCAUCGGUUGAGGCGCGAAUGCCCGGGAGAGAAUUGUGGCGCGGGUGUCUUCAUGGCUGCCCAUGAGGAUCGCCACUACUGCGGCAAAUGCAGUCUCACGUUUGUCUUCAAGCAAGACGAGAAAUAGGCGGGCAGACAGCAAGAAAUGUUGUAAAGAUGCCAAAUUAAACAAUAAAGAGGUGUCUUGAAAAUGAAA